CGCUCAUUUCCGGGAAAUCGAUAACAAGAUGGCUGAAAAGUGACAACAGUGAACAGGUGGACAAUCCAUAGAUUUGAUGAAGCAGAGACAUACUUGGCGAGAGAGUUUUGUUACGGUGCUUAUAGAUUGUCUGUGAGAGCAAAAUGUCUACUCGUGGGUACUCCGGGAUGAACUAUGACCGACAGGUGGAAAACACAAACACUUCAACAUUCCACAAGAUGAAGGAAACCUACUGGACCACAAAGCAGGCAGUUAUACAGAAACUUGGCAAGAAGGAAGAUGAGCAUGUCGUGGCCUCAGAUCAUGAGCUGGAUUCAAAAUUAGAUGUGUUCAGGGCUGUUCAGAAGUCCUCCAUGGAUCUGCUGAGAGUCAUUGAGAGAUACCAAGAUAGACUCUGUGCUGUGUCUCAAGAGGAGAAUGCAAUGGGUCGGUUCUUGAAAGCUCAGACCAGCCAUGACAAGACUCGUGCUGGGAAGAUGAUGGCUGCUGUUGGCAAGUCACAGAGCUUUGCAGCACAGCAGAGAUUGGCAUUACGUGUUCCAUUAGUGCGGCUAUACCAGGAAGUAGAAACAUUCCGAUAUAGGGCAAUAUCAGACACCCUUGUCACGAUUAACCGAAUGGAGGGAGCACGCACGGAAUACAGAGGAGCUCUGCUCUGGAUGAAAAAUAUAUCUGAAGAAUUAGACCCCGACACCUACAAACAGCUGGAAAAGUUUAGGAAGGUCCAGGGACAGGUACGCAAAACAAAAGCUAGGUUUGACAAACUGAAACUGGAUGUGAUGCAGAAAGUGGACCUCCUUGCAGCCAGUCGGUGUAACAUGUUCUCUCAUGUCCUAGCCAACUACCAGUCAACUCUUCUACAUUUCUGGGAGAAAACAUCACGUACCAUGUCAGCAGUUGCAGAGAGCUUUAAAGGUUAUCAGCAUUAUGAGUUCAACAUGCUAAAGGAGCUUGCAGAACCUAGUAAGCAACUUUUAGAAGACACAACAAAAAGGCAUGAAGAACCACAGAAAGACACUGACAAUGAUGGAUUUGAUCCAGAGAAUGUAAGUGGUGAAGAAUCUCGCUCCCAAGAGGAUGACAGUGUGGAGGAUGAUGAAGAUGAAGAAGACAGUGUUAAAAGAAAUGAGAGCCCCCUGCACUUUAACCCUACACAUGGUCCCUCGUGCGAGGUUGAUAGACUUCUGGCUUUCGAUGAUGAAUACCGGGAUGAAGAUGAUAACAAGGAAAACACAACAGAUGAAAAUCUGAAGAAUCUCCAAGUCAACAAAAGCUCAUCAGAAGAAAACAACAAAAACAAUCCCAUCAAGGGGAGGAAUAGUGACUUUGGACCUUUCAUUGAGUUUGAUGAAGAUGAAGAACAGGAUGAUUUUAGUUUCUCUGGGAAACUGUUGGAGAAAAGGAUAGAGCUGAAGACAGAAAGUGGCCCCCAAGACUUGUUGUCAGAAGAUUUUGAGCAAAGUGAUGUUGAGAAAGAUGACAUGACCCUCCUCAAUGAAAUCCUCAAUGCUCCAUCAACAGGAGAAGAUGAAUUUGCCCAAGAGUGGCAAGCAGUAUUUGGUUCCAAUCCACUCCAUGCCUCACCAGCCAUGGUGCCAGCUGAGCCGGAUCACUCCAAGACACCAGCAGAGUUCAUGCCCUCAAGUCUUCUGGACAUCUCCUCCCACAUGUCAGGCCUUGCACUCACAUCAGGUGGAACCGGUCAAAUGCCAGUAGCAACAGGUCCUAGAUUGCAGCAAGGCAUUGUUGCAGGCAUGUCAUUGCCACCCACUGGACCAGGCUCACAGCAAAUGCCAAAAUCAAAAUCACAACAGCCACCAAGCAAGAAGGCCCAGAAAUCUGACAUGUCUGCUUGGUUCAAUCUCUUUGCUGAUCUUGACCCUCUUUCUGACCCUGAUGCUGUUGGUAGGCCAGAUAAAGAGAGCAAUGCAGCAUAAAUGUGAUCUGAAAAUGAGAGCAGCAUAUUUGACCUUGAUCCUGAUACUGAAGACUGACAGAGACAAGACUGUAACCAGGCAUGACUCCUAUCUGUUUACUCUAGAUACAAGAUAUAAGUUUUGUGGACAAUAUGUUUUCGUCAUGUAGCAUGGUAAAUCUCUGAAAUAGACAAGUAAUGUAUGAUACAAGCUGAUGUUUAAUGUAUGAAAUUGUGUAAGUUUGGAUCCUUGUCUUCAGUUAGAAUUGUACCCAUUCCUUCAAAGGUUGUAUAUUUGCUGCAAAUAUAUGUUUAUUUUAUCUUAAUGAUGUUUGAGAAACCCAAGUCUGAACAUUCCAAGUGUAGUUAUAUCACCAUGUUUUUUCUUCAGGCUAUGAGUUAAACAUGAUAUCACAGGAAGAAAGUCUGUUGACCAGUUUGAGCAGCAUGACCAUAGCAACCUAUUCUCAAGUAAAAUACAAUUAGAAUGUGCCUCAUGCAAUACUGACACACAAGUCAGAGGUUUACUGUUUCCUAUGUAUCCUGCCUACAUGGCCAUGGCCUUAGCAGGGUUUCCCCUGACGCAGAAUUCUUGCGUAUAUGACUCUCAAUUAAGGAAAAAUAUGUCCAGAAAUAAAUGACUGCGUCAUGACUGACGCAAUUUCAAAAUAUCUAUGUUGUUGUUUACCAGCUUUGGAAUGAAAAUAUUACAACUACUCACCUGAACUUAAUUUAUAAACAUUUUCUAAGGACAAUAUAUGCAAACAUCUUAAAAUUUACGUCUAGUUUUUAAUUAAUCGUCGUUUUUAGAAGUAACAUUACUUCGCAUUACCACUGCCAUGGGCUAAUUUGCAGAGCCUGUCACAUGACUAGACUUUUCUCUCGUUUUAAAACAAACGCUAAAAUCAGAACAGCCGGGGGCUUUACAUAUUGUUUUGCAUAAUUAUAUAGAUAUGCUACUAAAACUGUGCGACUGUGAGGUACACGACAAAAUAUAUAUAAGUGAACGUAACUCUCACACUCCGUGUGGCUUCGAUGACAGCAUGUGAUGUAAACAAAGGAAAACUUCGCAAAUGGACAAGGUUUUUCACGUUUCGGCAUAUUUUCUCACUAAAAAUUAACCAUGACAUAUGUUUAUCUAGAUGUGUAGACUCGUAAAAAAUGAAACAGAAGAAAAAUAUUAUCAUUGUAACUUUGUUGCGGUGAAUAAUAUUAUUUGGCGCGGUCACAGUAUGUGGUUAAGCGGAACCUAUGGAACAGGUGUCGGAAGUUGUAAGUAUCGGAGGGACACAUGUUUUUGCCGAAAUUUAGGUAAACAUUAUUGAACGAAAUUUUAAAUAAAAUUAAUAAAAUAGAUGACAAACAUAAGGUCAGAUAUACAGAGAACACAUUUUUAUUACCAGAUAGUGUAACAACAGGAUUAACUUGCAUAAUUCAAUUCGGAUUUGUUAUGCUAUUUCCAGUGACGGAUCAUGACAGCCUGAAAUGAGACUGAAGAAAAGUCUCUGCGUAUUAUACACAAGAGAUAUUUUUUUUCAGGAUUUAAUUGCCCAUAAUUAGGGGUACAUAUUAUACACGAAUAGAUAUGGUAUAUACGAAAUGUAAAGCUUUGGGCGUGUUUGUUGUUGCUAAUAAAUUGUAUUCAACCAGAAAAUAUUACGAGUGUUCACAAUUCUUCAGUUCAACUUCACUGUUGAUAGAUAAUACAAGAUAACUAGAUAAAACAUGUAAAUGAGUUAGAGGUAUUAAAUUAUAAUCUGACAUGAAAUGUAUUUUAAUAUCCAUCCAUGAUUAAAAAUUAUGUCUCACAGUUGAGACUGAUGUUAUUUAUUCAUCCUGUAUUAGUGUCACUGUAAAUUGUUUCAUGAGCUGUGAAGUAAUUAAAGAUUGUGAAAAAAUAAAACCAACAAACUGUGUUUUUCAUUCAUAUAUCCUUUAUUUCUCUGUAGUACAAUCAGCUUAGAACAUUAAUUAGCACUUGUUAACUUAAACUAAAGACAUAUUAUAUUUAAAAGAUACUUAACUUAACUAAAAGUGUAACAUUAACAGUGAACACUUUAAAUUUCAUUAAUCAUACAAUAAAACAUUUGACUCUCAAAAAAUAUUUUUGACUCCCAAAAAUUCAUAGGCUGAGUAAAGGUGAUUCUCAGAUAUGGGAGUCUAGGGGGAACCCUGCCUUAGGUUGUGCAGCUGGUUAGGCAUAUGUCCUAAUCACUAAUGAAACCUUCAUAAGAAUAUUUUAAACGCAGUUCAGAUUCAGAUCUAUGAUUUUAGACUUACCUUGUACAGUUGUGACUGUCCAGAAGACUGCUGCAAGCCAACCAAUAGCCAGAGGAAAACCAUUGUGUGAUAUUUCCAUGUUUAAACUAAUGUAUGUUUUCUUGACAGUGGUCAGGGAAGGGAUACAGCUAGUCUAUAAGAUGUCUAUUUAUAGCAAGAACUGAUAUUUUUCCUACAAUUUAGGUUUUGGACUUGAAGAUGAUGGAUAAGCAUCUUGUUCUCUGCUCGGUAACCGUGGUUAUGAUGAAUGCUCUCAGUGGAAGUAUUUUUGUAUAUCUGUGGACCUGUCUUGCAAUGAUUUAUGUACCUCACAGUUUGUUAUCAGUUCAAUUGUUACAGCAUUCUUGGCAUAGGAAUCAUUGUUUCUUUUGGGUCAUUAUUGUAUGAAUGGUUUCACAAGUAUGGCUUGAUCAGAGUUAUGGACAAGAACUUUCACUUCUUUACAUUUGUGAACUUAAUAUUUUAAUGUGUUACUUGAAUUAAUGUAGUAAAUUUUGAACAUAUAUUCCCCAUGUUCAAAAUCAUAUACUUGCUGUCAGGAACAUUUACUAAUUCCACCGAUAACUCCACAACAUGAAUAUGGCAAGAUUUUUUUGUCUUUCUAUCACUUCAAUCAAAGGUUGAUGUGAGCUAAUAUUAUGGUGUUGUGUAUCCAUCCAUCUUUUAUACAUAUUUUGAUUUUUGACUCCUCUGAAACAAGGCCAAUGAAGCUGAAAGUUAACAAUAACGAUCUAACCAAUCGUAUCUCCCAAUAAGCUUUCUUAGAAUGUUCUUCUGACACUUAUCAGGGCCACAUGGCAAAAAGCCAUUUCUUAUAAAUUUUACUCUCUUAGGACCUGUAAUUAUUGUUUUUUGACCUUUAAUAGUUAGAAUUUGAUAUAUAAUGUUGCAAAUAUGACAAAGUAAGAGAGCUACAGAACCUCAGGGCUGUGUGUUGUUGGUACUUCAUUAGGAAUGAUGGCAUUGACUUUACCUGAUGUAAAUAACAGUUGACUUGGCAUCCUCCAGGAAAGUAAGCCUGAAUCAGUGGUAUUGUUACAGGAGAGAAUCCAUAUCCUCCCAGAGGCUCUGGGACAAAGAAUGUGACAUCAGUUAGAGUAUGGUUGACCUGACACUUCAAGCUCUCAUACUCAAUGGUGGUGUUGUAUGAGUAGCAUUUGAACAGACUUUCAUUCCCACUUGUAUCAAUGAUAAUUAUUACCAGCUGGCUGGACUGGCCUCGCCAUUCUGGCUCAUCAUGACCUUAUAUCCUGUUUCUAUGUCUGUUCUUCUGGCAUCAGUCUGUUUUCAGUUAUCUUCAUAAAUUUGUACUCUACUAGUACUACACAUACCGUAUUCGACGUAAAAAGCACCCAGGGCGCACUCAAGAUUAAAGAUAGGGGGCUCUUAUUAGAAUAUAAUUUUGGUGAAAGGGUUGAAAAAUCGUAAAUUUCGUGGUUUAUUCUGACAGCCAGAAAUGAUACAAAAGAAAAGUCUGUGCGUGUUAUACC